GGACGCUGAUUUUUCAUGAUCUUCCAUUCGCAUAACGGGAAUAUCGCUCCAGCGUCGACGCAGUCCAUGAGCAAACGGGAUUUUUUUCCACCUCGAUUGACUACUCAAGGAUAUUUUCGCAUGCCGAGAAAGUGAAGAGACAAGAAGAGCACGUUCAAUGCCGUUGGAACAUGUCACAUGUUCCCUAUCAAGAUGCGAGGUAUGCUGCCCCCCCCUCCUACAGACACCAGCCCUCCUUCGCAGCUGCUCCCUCCUACGAGCAACCCGACUGGAACCCUCGUCUGUGUGUGAUCUCUGGAAAUCAGCUAUACAUGUUGGACCAGGAGGAGGUUCACCCUUUGUUGAUGCGCGAGCAGCGCUCCGAGUUGCACAGGAACAAGCUGCUGCGACGGGCGGUCAGCGUGCCUGUGGAGGGGAGGCACCAUCCUGAGAUGGACAACUCUCGGCUUCGGCGAAAAAGCAUCGCCAUCGGGAAACAGCCAAGCAUGGAGAUCCCACCCACUGCCCCCCCUCAACCCUUCCGACAAUCCAGUUUCCUCAGUAGAAGACUGAAGGGGUCCAUAAAAAGGGCCAAGAGUCAGCCCAAACUGGACCGAACUAGCAGCUUCCGCCAAAUGAUCCUCCCUCGCUGCAGCGCCGACCAGGACCGGACUCGUCUGAUGCAGAGCUUCAAGGAAUCACACUCCCAUGAGUCUUUGCUGUCUCCAAGCAGUGCGGCUGAGGCUUUGGAUUUAACACUUGAUGAAGAUGCUAUAAUCAAGCCAGUUCACUCCAGUAUACUGGGACAGGAGUACUGCUUUGAGGUGACAACUGCUUUGGGAACAAAGUGUUUUGCUUGUCGGUCGGCUGCGGAGCGAGACAAAUGGAUAGAGAAUCUACAGAGAGCUGUCAAACCAAACAAAGACAACAGUCGUCGCGUUGACAAUGUUCUGAAGCUGUGGAUCAUCGAGGCUCGAGAACUCCCACCCAAAAAGCGAUAUUAUUGUGAACUGUGCUUGGAUGACAUGCUGUACGCCCGCACCACCAGCAAACCCCGAACUGAUACAGUGUUCUGGGGUGAACACUUUGAGUUCAACAACCUUCCAGCAGUCCGCAACCUUCGUCUUCAUCUUUACAAAGAGACCGAUAAAAAAAGACGCAAGGAGAAGAGCACAUACCUUGGCUUGGUCAGUAUCCCCAUUUCUAGCAUCACUGGUCGCCAGUUUGUGGAGCAGUGGCACCCCGUCAUUCAGCCCAGUGUCCUGGCCAAGGGUGGGGGUGUGGGAGGGGGCAAAAUCAUCAACGUCUCCUUACGACUCAAGUCACGCUUUCAGACCAUGAGCAUUCUACCCAUGGAGCUUUAUAAAGAGUUUGCAGAGUAUGUAACCAACAACUAUCGAACGCUGUGUGCAGUUCUGGAACCGUUACUUAGUGUCAAGAGUAAAGAGGAAGUGGCCUGUGCCCUGGUACACAUCCUGCAGAGCACAGGGAAGGCCAAGGAUUUUCUUUCCGAUAUGGCAAUGUGUGAGGUGGACCGAUUCAUUGACCGAGAGCACCUUAUCUUUAGAGAGAACACACUGGCCACCAAAGCCAUAGAAGAGUACCUCAAACUCAUUGGACACAAGUACCUCAAAGACGUUUUAGGUGAUUUUAUCCGAGCCCUGUAUGAAUCAGAGGAGAACUGUGAAGUUGACCCAAUGAGAACUCCACCUUCUGUACUGCCUGAACAUCAAGCCAACCUCCGGAUGUGCUGUGAACUUGCACUUUGCAAAAUCGUCAAUUCUCAUUGUGCGUUUCCAAGAGAACUGAAAGAGGUUUUUGCAUCCUGGCGUGUUCGAAGUGCAGAGAGGGGACGAGAGGACAUCGCAGAUCGACUCAUCAGCGGUUCCCUCUUCCUGCGUUUCUUGUGUCCAGCCGUCAUGUCUCCAUCCUUAUUUAACCUGACGCAGGAGUAUCCCGACGAACAGACUUCACGCACACUCACCCUCAUAGCCAAAGUUGUGCAGAACCUGGCAAACUUCUCAAAGUUUGGCAAUAAGGAGGAGUACAUGUGCUUCAUGAAUGAGUUUUUAGAGAUGGAGUGGGGCUCCAUGCAGCAAUUCCUGUACGAAAUCUCCAAUCUGGAUAGCGUUAGCAAUGCAGUAGCUUUCGAAGGUUACAUUGACUUGGGAAGGGAGCUCUCGAUCCUGCACAGUCUUCUAUGGGAAGUUAUGGCACAACUAAGUAAGGAUGCAGUCAUUAAACUCGGACCAUUGCCCCGCCUUCUCAAUGAUAUCAGCAUGGCCCUUCGUAACCCUCAUCUCCAAAGACAGCCUAGUCAUCAGACAGACAGACUGCCUCCAGAGAGACAGACAGACAGGUUGCUCUCCAGACCAAGCUUCAACAGGGGUGUCUCGUCGGAGUUCCAGAACCUCAUGAUGAGAGACCUGAACAGUUCAAUUGAGAUCACUCGCCUGCCCUCUCCAACCACUGCGAUGUCCAGCGGUGGAGCUCCUCCAUCUCGGGCUGGAAUUGGGGGAUUUGCAGACCGGGAUCAUCCUCACCGAGCCUCAUCUAAAGAUGUUUUCUAUGUUGCCCGCCCCCCGCUGGCUCGGUCCAGUCCCGCGUACUGUACUAGCAGUUCUGAUAUUACUGAUCCAGAUCCAAAGGACUCCAGAAUGAACAGCGUCUCUAACCUGCAGUCUAUGGGGGACAUGCUCAACUCUUCCCAGGCCUCGAUUGCUGGCCUCGGCAGCUAUGGUGGGCUCGCGGGCUUGGGAGGAGGCCUCGGAGGUCAGCUGCGUGCCGGAGGGCGAAUGUCGGCCGGAUCCGGGGGUUCCAGCAUGUCCGGCGGUCUAAGACUGAGCCAGAUCAGCCAGAUGGGGACCACAAUGGACUCGCUGUCCCAGCAGCAACAGCAGCAGGCCGCUGCCCUGCACUACCCCCUCUCCUUCCAGAACCCUCUGUUCCACCUCGCUGCGGAUGGACCACAACUUCACCACCAGCACAGUCGGGCCCAGCCGCCACCUCCGCUCCUGCUUGCCCCGGAGCCCGACUCCUCUCACCCUACAUACAUGCCCCAGUUCGGCCAUGGUGGGUUCUCUCGAAGUGAGGACCUCUCUACCCUCAGACCUGGGCCUCAUUUGGGUCAGCCGAGCAUCAUUCAUUCCCACAGCUAUAGUGAUGACUACAGCCGACAUAACCAGAGUGACUACGGGCGGCGGCAAAUCCCAUUGCAUAUGCAGGAGCAGCAACAGAUGACAGGCAUGACAUCACAGACUGGCACAUCUCAUUCUUCCCUUGCCACGCCUCCUUCCACCGUUCAGCCUGUGCGUCAAAGCUCCAUGGCUCCUCCCACACAACGAAUGAAAUCCCAACCAUCUCAUCAGCUGUCGGUGAGUUCUGCCACUGGUGCCCCCACAGGCAAGACCAGACCGCAGAGCGGAAACCUGCUCCAGUCCCCCGAGUCUGGCUUUGUGGGCCGGCAGCAGGGCCCACGACAACAGCUGUCCGUCAAAGACAGCACUCCCCCAGGUCUUCCCCAUCAGCAGAGCUCCACCAGGGAGAGCCAGGGGUCCCAGGGCUCUCAGGGCGGAACUCCGCAGUCCACACAGCAAUCAAAAUCGCAUCAGGAACGCCAGCAGGUCCAGCAACAGCAUCUACUCAAGCCUACCAUGAGCAAACAGGGCUCUUCUCAAUCUCCAUCCACCCUCAACCCCCUGACCCCUGCCUCUGAGCGAACGGUUGCCUGGGUGUCCAACAUGCCCCAUCUGUCUGCUGACAUCGAGAGUUCCCGCAUAGACAGAGAAGAUUUCAAACUGAAGGAGUAUUCAAAGAGCAUGGAUGAGUCACGCCUGGACAGGGUGCGUGAAUAUGAGGAGGAGAUUCACUCCCUGAAGGAGCGUCUGAUGAUGUCACACCGUAAGAUGGAAGAGUACGAGAGGAGGCUGUUAACUCAGGAGCAGCAGACCAAUAAAAUCCUGCUACAGUAUCAGAGCCGACUGGACAACAGUGAAAGGAAGCUCAGACAGCAACAGAUGGAGAAAGACAACCAGAUUAAAGGAAUUAUUGACAGACUCAUGGCUGUGGAGGAUGAGUUGAGGGUUGGGGUGGUGCCCGAGAACAAACCAAGGAUAUUCGCAGACCAGGGGAGGCGGCAGUCCAUCCUAGUGCAGCCGCGUCUUGCACCCGUUCCACUGCGAAUGAACAGCCAAUCACAAAUCUUCGUGAAGGACAAUCUGGAACCUAACUGGAGGCCUCACCUAGGACAUUCUUCAGGUUGGCCAGGCUUUAAUUCAAGGGCACAUUCACGUGAUUCAUUUGGUUGACAGAGGGGAAAUUAAGGCUUUGACUCUGUUUUUGUUGCUAACAGUGCCAAAGCCGAUCCAAAGAAAAAAAAAAUAGGUUCCCUUCCUCUGAUGUGGCCUAUCUCUCUCUGUCUGAUAGACAGUAAUUUGAUAUGAUGACAGUGUUUGGAUGCAGAACGUUCCUCUGUGCCUAAUAAGGGCAAGUUGGCCAUAUGUGCACAUAGGAGAUGGUUCAUUGAGAGAGCUGGAAAAGUUCUAUGGAUCAGAUCAAUCUCAAAGGUGCUGAUUUUUAGUUUCUUUACUUACUGUAGGAUAUUGAACAAUGCUCUACUUCUCAUUACGAUCUUCAUAAGCCACAUUAGCUCUGUCAUCAUGCCUGCCUAUCAUGUCUCGAUCAUGUCUUUUAUUUGGGGGAAACUGAACAUGCACAGCCUUUUUAUUGUCCCAAGAGACGCUUCAAUUUUAAAUUCAGCGGAUUUGAUAGAGGCUGGAACAAUCCAAACUUUGUUUCUCAUGUCUAAAGUGGCAGUUUUCUACUUUGUGACUGGACAUCACCUAAAUGAGAUCACAUAUUUACGUAUUGGUAAUGUGAGAACUGCAGAGUCUGGAAAUAAUCCUUUUUGAUUCAUUUACGUGACAAUCUCUUGAAACAAUCCUUUGCAAAGAAUUUUCAUUGAAUUACGAGGGGGAAAAACACUACCUUUUAUUUUACCUGCUCCCCCUCCCCAACUAUCCGCACUUUGGUACGACCUGGAUAUUCAACGGCUUGUUUAUCUGCAAAAGAAAGAUGGAUUCUUUUGUUUUCUUUCUUUCUUUUCAACUGUUGCUGUGGAGUUCUUGAUUUAUGGACAAUCAAACAAUGUUUGGGUGUAGACACGUUUAUUCCUCUUGUUUAGAUACUUGGCACUCGCACGUUUGUAGGAUUUACCGAAGCAAAGCCAAGUUGCUGUUUUACAUUUAACUUUAUGUACUUAUUUGAAUGCCAUUUCCAGGCAACGCAAACAUUUCUCUGCUUCCUUUUUUCACAACUAGACAAAACUAUAAACGUUGAGAGAUAAUACAGGUUGAAUAAUGUUGUGGGUGACUGUGUGUAUACUGUAUAAAGUGUGUGUGCAGUAUUUGUGUAUAUACUGGAUGUAUGGUUAUAUAAUAUAAAUAUACAGUAUAUGUAUUUGUACAUACAAAAUGUUUGUAUAUGCAGUGUACAGAAUAUGUUAUUUUACACCAAUAUCUCUUUUUCUAAAUAUGUGUGAAAAAGACAAGGCGUAACUUUCUGGAACUGAAAAAAAAAAACUGCAUUGGCAACUUGUUGGCAGCAAUCUUUGGAAGCACUUUUUUGCUCAGGCUGAUUGUACACAGUCUGAAACCUUUGAUGCAUUGCCAUGCGUCUGCCACAGAUUUUGCCAUUCUAAAGCUUGCACUCAUUUUCUCAUUUAUUGAAACGUUUUGUAAUAGGUUCUGGGUGACCAACCAAUGGUUGUUCAUAAAUAUAUAGGCUAAAUGCCUACUGUAUGUAUGCAUAUAUUAACUUUUCCAGACUUGAAUGACAUGCCAAUCUUUGCAGCUUGCCUCCCCUCUUGCUAUUAAUUUCAACAGUGCUGUGUGUCAGAGGUUUGUGGAUCAGUGUAGAAGGUUGAUCUUGUAAGAAACGUUUCUCCAAAAGUUUCUAAUUUUACUAUACUGACAUUUUGUAUGCUUUAUUCCCUCAUUACAUGCCAAGCAACUCUUCCAUGCAAGCAAUUGCUUAUUCAUCCCCUGUAAAUGAAUGGAGUUCCCAUGAUGUGCCUCUUUCUAAUAAACUUCAGUUGAUCUUUGUUAGCCAUAAUCCAAUCACAUUCAUCUUUCUUGACAAGCCAUAAGCCCAGCCCCAUAAAUUGUUGUUUUUGUAAAGGGAUUUAUUUAUUUUUUGUGUAU